UCACCGACCACCACAAACCCCUGUAUCCAAUCACUUGCGAACAACUGAAAUACACCAGUCACGAAAACUGAUCGGACGGCCAAUAAUCACAGCCACGACCUCAGAUGAUUGCUUCAUCAUCAUGAAGUGAUAGAAAAGAAUAUGCCAUUCGCCGCAGACAUUCUUCAAUAAUUCCCCCCAUAUUUCUGUGGACUUAAUCAUGCCUAUAUAUUAUAUAUACACACAUCUGAGUGUCUAACAAACACACAUCACUUUCUGUCUUUAUUUCUCCACUCAUUAAGGAUCUUGGAUUAGAUUCUCGUAAAGUAUAUGAAAGUACAGUAAAUCGAGGGUCUUCGGUUCAAUAUUAAGGAUCAAGAUGGGGACAGAUAAGGAGCAUAGUGGUUUGCUAAACAUGAUGAAAAUGCGGACGAUUCUAACCCAUACAUACCCUUAUCCUCAUGAGCAUUCCCGACAUGCCAUCAUUGCGGUCGCUAUUGGUUGUCUUUUUUUUAUUUCAUCAGACAACAUGCAUACGCUCAUCCAGAAGCUAGACAACAACAUCAAAUGGUGGUCAAUGUAUGCGUGCUUACUAGGCGUUUUCUAUUUCUUUUCAUCUCCUUUUUUGGGGAAGACGAUCAAGCCGAGCUACUCAAAUUUCAGUCGAUGGUAUAUAGCAUGGAUAUUAGUGGCGUCUGUAUACCAUCUUCCCAGUUUUCAGUCAAUGGGAGUGGAUAUGAGGAUGAAUCUCUCAUUAUUUUUGACAAUAUACUUUUCAUCUAUUUCAGUACUCCUUGUUUUCCACUUAGUUUUUCUGGGACUUUGGUACGUGGGUCUUGUUUCUCGUGUGGCAGGGAGGAGACCUGCGAUCUUGACCAUUGUUCAAAAUUGUACGGUGUUAAGUGUGGCGUGUUGUGUAUUUUAUAGCCACUGCGGAAAUCACGCUUUGAAUGAAAAGCGAUUAGGCCGAAGAGAUUCAGGCCUGUUUUCACUUUGGAAGAAGGGUGAGCCGAGUAUAUGGCUGUCAAAGUUUCUUAAAAUGUAUGAAUUCAAAGAUGAAAUUUGCAAAUCUUGGUUUGCUCCAGUUGGGUCUGCGGGUGAUUAUCCACUUCUCUCCAAGUGGGUUAUAUACGGAGAAUUCUCAUGUAGUGGCCCGUGUGAAUCAUCUGAUGAAAUUUCUCCAAUUUAUUCGUUAUGGGCAACGUUUAUCGGUCUUUAUAUGGCUAAUUAUGUGGUGGAGAGAUCAACAGGGUGGGCUCUUACUCAUCCGCUAUCAGUUGAAAAAACUGAGAAGUUGAAGAACAAGCAAAUGAAGCCUAAUUUUUUGGAUAUGGUUCCUUGGUAUUCAGGGACUUCGGCUGAUCUAUUCAAGACUGUGUUUGACCUCCUUGUAUCUGUGACUGUAUUUGUUGGAAGAUUUGACAUGCGAAUGAUGCAGGCGGCAAUGAGUAGGGUUCACGAAGGGGAAAAGGAGGAUUUUCUAUAUGAUAAUUUUAGUGAAAAAGAUGAGCUGUGGUUUGAUUUUAUGGCUGAUACGGGUGAUGGCGGGAACUCGUCUUAUUCGGUUGCUCGACUUCUUGCACAACCUUCACUUAAUGCCUUGAAUGAUGAUUCUUUACUACAAUUGCCUCGUGGAGACCUCCUCCUUAUUGGAGGUGAUCUUGCGUAUCCUAACCCGUCAGCGUUUAAUUAUGAAAAGCGUUUUUUCCGUCCCUUUGAGUAUGCUUUUCAGCCACCACCAUGGUAUAAAGACGUGCAUAUUGCGGUAGACAAGCCCGAAUUGCCCUAUGGUGUCUCUCACUUGAAACAAUACGAUGGACCCCAAUGCUUUGUCAUCCCGGGGAACCAUGAUUGGUUUGAUGGGCUUCAAACGUUUAUGAGGUACAUUUGUCACAAGAACUGGUUAGGUGGAUGGUUAAUGCCGCAAAAGAAAAGCUACUUUGCUUUGCAGCUACCAAAGGGAUGGUGGGUUUUCGGUCUUGAUUUAGCUCUACAUUGUGACAUUGAUAUAUAUCAGUUCAAAUUCUUUGAAGAUUUGAUAAAAGAGAAGGUUAAAGAAAACGAUUCCGUGAUCAUCAUGACACAUGAACCGAGUUGGAUUUUGGAUUGGUACUGGGGUCAUGUUACGGGAAAGAAUGUUUCACAUCUCGUAAAAGAUCAUUUGAAAGGAAGGUGUAAACUUAGAAUGGCGGGUGACUUACAUAAUUACAUGCGUCAUUCACGUGUCACGUCCGAAAAUCCUGACUGUAUACAACAUUUACUCGUCAACGGUUGCGGUGGGGCCUUUUUGCAUCCUACACACGUGUUCAGUAACUUUGAUAAAGCGUAUGGUACAACUUAUGAAAUGAAAGCCGCUUAUCCCGAAGUUGAAGAUUCAAGCAGGAUUGCCCUCGGAAAUAUCUUGAAGUUUCGGAAGAAAAAUUGGCAGUUUGAUUUCAUUGGCGGGUUCAUUUACUUUAUAUUGACCUUUUCAAUGUUCCCACAGUGCAACUUGGGGCAUAUUUUGCAAAAGGAUGAUCCGUUUUCGGGCCAUGUAAGGAGCUUUUUUAGCACGGUAUGGGAUGCUUUUAUGUACAUGAUGGGGCAAUCGUAUGUAUCUUCUAUGGGCGCUUUGUUAUUGUUAGUCGCUGCAAUAGCUUUCGUUCCUUCUAAAGUGUCACCAAAAAGAAAAGUAGCAAUCGGAGUUGUGCACGUUUUGGCCCAUCUUUCUGCUGCGUUGAUUCUUAUGUUACUAAUGGAAUUAGGUGUUGAACUAUGCGUUCAACACAAGCUUUUGGCAACUUCGGGUUAUCACACAUUAUAUGAAUGGUACAGAACAGUGGAGAGUGAGCACUUUCCUGACCCAACGGGUCUUCGGACACGUAUAGAGCAAUGGACUUUUGGCCUUUAUCCCGCUUGUAUUAAAUAUCUCAUGUCGGCUUUUGAUGUUCCGGAGGUGAUGGCUGUGACACGGGCCAAUAUAUGCAAGAACGGGAUGAUUUCACUCUCACGAGGGGGUGCAGCCAUAUACUAUGCAUCGGUGUUUCUUUAUUUCUGGGUGUUGUCGACACCGGUGGUUUCACUUGUAUUUGGAAGCUACUUGUAUAUUUGUAUUAACUGGCUUCACUUGCACUUUGAUGAAGCCUUUUCCUCUCUACGGAUCGCUAAUUACAAGUCCUUCACACGUUUCCAUAUCAAGGAUGACGGCGAUAUUGAAGUUUUCACACUUGCGGUUGACAAGGUCCCGAAGGAAUGGAAGCUGGAUCCCGAGUGGGAUAACGAGGGGAAACAGCCGCAGCAGCAGGCAAGUCAUCAUAGAAAGUUUCCAAGCAAAUGGAGGGCAAAUGCCUUUCAUCAGGAUCCUGUAAACACAGUCCGGAUCGUUGAUCAUUUUGUUAUUCAACAAACCGACAGAUUGCAAGUAAACGGGUCAGAGUCUCACUGACGAUGUGGUUUUGAAAGCGUUUCCGUUUGUUUUUCAGUUGGAGAUGGAGGGAGAGUCAUAGUAGUAGUAUGUAUGUAUAAUACUUGUGGGACAAUGUUGUCAUGGAAUUAAUGUACAUAUGUGAAAGAAAUAGAUAAAGUGUCAGAUGUUUUAAUUGGAGUGCUAGGGUGAUAAACUUGGUUGCAAAGAUUGGAACACAGCAGCAACCCGACAAAUCUUUAUCCAAAACCUUGAUUGCAAA